CUUUCGAUUGAGGCCAAAUGGACAUCAGUCGACAUCCACCAACAUGAAUCGCACUACACUGUUGAGUCUUUGUGUCCUACUGGCCGUCGUGGCCGCAUUCGUCGUCGAGGCCGCACCCCAACGUGAGAAACGCCAACUAGGCGGCAUUUUGGGCGGACUCCUUGGAGGCGGAGGCUAUGGUCAACAGUACGGGGGUUAUGGCAAUCAAGGCUAUGGCAAUUACGGAGGGUAUAACCAAGGGUACAACCAAGGAAACGGCGGUGGACACCAUCAUCAUCACUCUCACGAAAGAUAUUAACAAUUCCUAUUACAACCCUGGUCCCACCUGUAAAAAAAAAUAACUCAGAUUUCGUCGUUUCUGUCAAUCUCGUUUCUGAUAUUUCAAACGUUGCGAAUGUAUUUACGAAAUAAACCAAAAGGUCUUUUAAAAAAUAUUCGUCGCCGUUAGACUUGCUGAUUGAAAAUGAAUCCGCUUUUCCCUCCUUGGAUGAUUUCCAUCCGCACUGGAGCUCGAUCCGCUCCACUCCAAUU